AUGGCAGCUUGGAGACGCGGGGUUGCCCUGCGGCUCUGCGCCACAGUUGUUUUACUUGAUAUGGCUUUCUGUAAAGGGUUUGUAGAAGAUUUAGAUGAAUCGUUUAAAGACAGUCGAAAAGAUGACAUUUGGCUUGUAGAUUUUUAUGCACCAUGGUGUGGCCACUGUAAAAAACUGGAACCGAUUUGGAAUGAAGUUGGUCUUGAGAUGAAAAGCAUUGGCUCUCCGGUUAAAGUUGGAAAGAUGGAUGCUACUUCUUAUUCUAGCAUUGCUUCAGAGUUUGGAGUUCGAGGUUAUCCAACAAUUAAGCUAUUAAAGGGGGACUUGGCAUAUAAUUAUAGAGGACCACGAACUAAAAAUGAUAUUAUUGAGUUUGCUCACAGAGUAUCUGGGGCUCUGAUUCGGCCACUUCCAAGUCAGCAAAUGUUUGAACAUGUGCAGAAGAGACAUCGUGUAUUUUUCGUUUAUAUAGGUGGAGAGUCACCUUUGAAGGAGAAAUACAUAGAUGCUGCUUCAGAAUUAAUUGUAUAUACAUACUUCUUCUCUGCCUCAGAAGAAGUGGUUCCUGAGUAUGUGACACUGAAAGAGAUGCCUGCUGUGCUUGUUUUCAAAGAUGAAACUUACUUUGUUUAUGAUGAGUAUGAAGAUGGUGAUCUGUCAUCUUGGAUCAGCAGGGAGAGGUUUCAGAAUUAUCUUACAGUGGAUGGUUUCCUCUUGUAUGAACUUGGAGAUACUGGGAAGCUAGUGGCCAUUGCAGUAAUUGAUGAGAAAAACACAUCAACAGAACACACCAGAUUGAAGUCAAUUAUUCAGGAAGUUGCUAGAGAUUACAGAGACCAGUUCCACAGGGAUUUUCAGUUUGGCCAUAUGGAUGGAAAUGACUAUAUAAAUACCUUGCUGAUGGAUGAAUUGAAAGUCCCAACUGUGGUUGUACUGAAUACUUCAAACCAACAAUACUUUUUACUAGACAGACAGAUUACGAAUGCCGAAGACAUGGUCCAGUUUAUUAAUAACAUUUUGGAUGGCACAGUGGAAGCCCAAGGAGGUGAUAGCAUUUUGCAGAGAUUGAAAAGAAUAGUAUUUGAUGCCAAAUCUACUAUUGUGUCUAUAUUCAAGAGCUCUCCACUUAUGGGCUGCUUUCUCUUUGGCCUGCCACUGGGUGUCAUCAGUAUCAUGUGCUAUGGAAUCUACACAGCUGAUGCAGAUGGAGGUUAUAUAGAAGAACGCUAUGAAGUGUCCAGAAGUGAAAUUGAAAGCCCAGAACAAAUAGAAGAGAGCAAAGCACAGCAGGAGCCAAGGACUGGGGACUCGCCAGUGCCUGCAGUGCAAGAACCCAAAGAUGUAUUGGAAAAGAAGAAGGAUUGAGACUCACUAGUAUAAAAUGUUUGAUAGGAUUUCAAAUGACGACAGAGUCUAUUUAUUGAAUUUAGACAUUUAAUCAUGAUCUUUACAGAAGAGAACGUGUUAUUUGUAUUUUGCUAAUCUCCACUGCAUGGGUUAAAGUAGUCCUUCCAUAAAUGGAGAGAUAUUUGGAGCAAAGAGAUGAAAUGUUUGUCUAAAACAAACAAAAUCAAAGCACUCCAUCAAAGUUUACCUUGCAUAUGUUGUCAUAAGAGAUCCGUUCUGUGUGCAUGUUUCUCUAUCUGAAUAUUCUGUGACAAAAUUAAGAUUCUUGGGCAGAAUAUUUAAAUUGGUCAGUCAGGUAGAAGAUACAUGUUUGAUAGAGAAAAAUAAUACCUCCACCUCCUACCAUCCAUUCCCCUCAUAUAUUUUGGAUAAGAUUUAUACGGACAAAAUUAAGUCUUUAAAAUUUAGGCACUUUAAGGAGAACUAGUAACUUUCUCCACAGAUUAAUAUUAUGAGAUUAAAAAUAAUUUGGUUUUAUAUAGCAUAGUGAUUUUAUUUUGUUAUUAUUUUUAAAGGAGAGGAAAUGUUACUUUUUAACUUUAUACUCAGUUGCAUUAUAAAAUUUUCAUAUGGGCCUGUACAGUGGGAAAAAAAUAGUCUUAUGUUUAAUCUUUGAAACAUAAACAGGAUUUACUUGGAGCAGUGACCUCAAACCAGCCCCGGGACACUGUUAGCAGGUGUCUCAGUGGUCACUACAGGAAGGGGAUGGUCAUUGUCACUCCUGCCCUGCUUUAGCCAGAACAGCCUCCCUUUUUUCUAUUUUAUAUAUUUGGAUUCCUUAUAAAAAUUUCCUUUGAUAAAAAGCUCCUGCUACAUUUUAAAAAGUAAUAUUUAUCAUAUUUUUAUGUUUAUUAUAUGGUAACUUAUGAUCUGAUGUGUAUGUGUAUAUAUGUAUAUAUAAACAGACAUACAUAUAUACGUACAAAAUUUAUUGACAUCUGUUAUGUAAUAUUAUGGCCAUGUCUCUGUUCAUAAUGAGUAAUAAGUGACAUAAUCCGCCUGUCAACUAAAUUCAUGUCCAGUGACUAAAGAGACCUGCCAGUUACCUUCUCCACACUCAAUUCUGUCAGCCAUUUCAGGCCAGUGACCUCUCAUCUUCUCUCCAUAAUGAAAUAACACAGGAAUUCUACCCCAAGUAAUGUAUAAAAGUUGUGUUUUCUUUUUUAAGUAAUAGUAUGGUGUGUUUUGUAGAUUAGUUUAUUUUUGAAGCCGUAAUUUUAGGUAAGUUUAGGAUUUUUAUUAGGUAACUUUUAUUUGGGUGGUUUUUUCAUUGAGUUAUUGAGUUAUCCAAUAUUAAAGAUUUUAUUAAACAUUUAAAAAUGUUUAAUCACUUCAGAGCCAGCCCUGAUGGCCUAGUGGUUAAAGUUUGGCAUUCUGCUUCGGUGGCCCAGGUUCGGUUCCUGGGCGCAGAACCACAUACCACCUGUCUGUCGGUAGCCAUGCUGUGGCAGUGGCUCUCAUUGAAGAGCUAGAAGGACUUAGAACUAGAGUAUACGACCAUGUACUGGGAGAGAAAAAUAAAAGAGAGGAAGACUGGCAACAGAUGUUAGGUCAGGGCAAAUCUUUCCCAGCAAAAAAAAGAAAAAGAAAAUGUUUAAUCACUUUAAAAAUACAAUUCAUGGUCCUGAUACUGAAGUUGUUUAGUGGUUUGAUCUCUAAGGGCAGCCUUUUUAAUUUCUGGUGCCAGGCUGAUCACGACUGAACUGAAACUCAUAUCUUAAGUUCUAAGGAGUUUCAGUAAUUGUUUUAUUGUAUCUAUCUACUAUUUUAGUAUAUAAUGAGUACUUAUUCUUAAUAUUUGGCACCCCAUUAUUAUUAUUUUUAAUAAUGAAGCAGAUAUGCAGCCACAGGGAAUUUCAGAAAAUACUGGAAUGAAGUGCUCUUAAAUGUAAAUUGGUGAUAAAUGUUGUUAGUGUAACAAGUAGAGGCCUCUCCAGAGAGGACUGAGGGAUUCUUCUGGAAGAUAAAUGCCAGUGUUCCCAGUGGCCAAGCUUGCUUUGCAGUUCGAGCACCUUGGCUGAGAGGAGCCGCGCUUGAGUCUCCAUCCAGUAAGGAAGGCAAAGCUUAGCUAGAGACGGGAGAGAAUUGUGGUAGGAGUGUCAUUGCUGUUUCCUUGGCAUUUAUCACUCUCUGACGUCUGUCAGCUGCAUGUUUCUCUCUCUCAUGAAGCAUCACCUGUAAAUGAAAGACAUCAAGAGAGAAGAAAAAGUGAAACUCAGUGUGUAUUGGCCACACGGUCCAUGAGCUUUAUGUUGAGAGUCCUGUGUCUAUAAACUAAGGCCUAAUGCUCUGUUAUCUUUUCCACAACGCCAUACUGCUGCCCCAUAUGCUCUUUGGGUUUUCAAAGUGUGUCUAUUGGGAAAACAAUGUGUAGAUGGUGUGCAAGUGAAAAAUUUUAUUUCUCCCUUUUUGUAUUAAAAUUUUUGCUUUUUACUUGUUUCUGCUUUAGGAUGUUGUCAGACUCCUCAAAAAGCACAUUUAAAGUUUUUGCUCACUAGAAUUCUCUUCCCUUUAGUGUGUUGUUAGAGCUUACUGGUGAUGGUGUUUUCAGGAAAAAUUACUUCAGGGGCCAGCCUGGUGGCAUUGAGGUUAAAUUCAUGUACUCCGCUUCAGCGGCCUUGAGUUCACCGGUUCAGAUCCCAAGCGCAGACCUACACGCCAUUCAGCAAGCCAUGCUGAGGUGGCGUCCCACAUACAAAAUAGAGGAAGAUUGGCAUAGACCUUAGCUCACGGCAAAUCUUUGUCACCAAAAAGAAGAAAAAUAAUUACUUCAGAAUAAAGGAUCUCUUAAGGAAUCUGAUAGAAGAACAUCAUCAUCAUCCUAAUUCACUGAUGACUCUCACUUUUAUUACAUCUCAGUAAAGGGAAUAUCCUUCCGUGAGUUGGAGUUUUGCCUUCUCUUUCAGUUGCAAUAGAGUUCUAUUGCUAAGUUCUAAAAUUCAAAAUCCUAGAUGCUUGUUCUUGCUGGAUUUGGUGCUCACACAGUAUUUAAAGAUAUUUCAGAGAGAAAGUGCAUGUUUUUAUCAAGCUGUGCACACCCCAUUAUAGCUUGCAAUCUUUUUGUUUGUUUCAUUGUGUACAUUAAUAUUUGUUUAGCUACUGCUAUCUGAAACUUAUUUGAGGUGAAUUAGACCUGGAAUUUUUGUUUUUGUCUUCACACAUAGUCCUUGUUGGUAUCUGAUUUAGAAAAUAACAUAAAGAGCCAAAUGUCUAGAGGCUGAAGGAAGGGUGUAUAUGAGUAGUUAAAAGCUAGCUGUAUUAUUUUUGUUUAGUGGUUUUUUGUUGUGGUUGAUGUUUUUUGUGUUUUAUUUCAGGGGCUUUUUUUGGUUUGGAUUUUGCAAAAAGUAAUUUAAAUAGUUUCACCAUUGAUUCAUAUGAUAUGGAGGUAGGAUAGGGAAAAAUCACUCAGCUAUUCUUAUUAUGCAGAAAUUACUCAAAUAAACAGUUUGAGAUGUUAAGAUUAUCAAUUAAUUGGUGGGAUUAGGUUUGCCAUUUUAUUUUUAUAAAUAUAUAUUUUUUCUGAAUGUGUCUGAGUCCAAGAGUGGGCAAAAAUAAUUUUCUACUUUGGCCUAAUCUAUAAAGGUUUUUGAAAGUCUGUGUUACUAACUUGUUGAAUGCAUGAUACCCUGUCUUAAGGCCCCAAUUGUAAACCUUUGUUUUUCUAAAAUAAAUUAAUUGAAAACAUA